AUGAUCUUUGGCGGCUCAGCUCGGUCCACCAGGGGGACCGCCCUCAUCGUCGGGGCGGUCGUCUUCAUCCUCGCCUUCAUCGGCCUCAUCUUUAACCACCUCGACUCGUGGCACCUGCCCGCAACAACCAAGACGGGCGAGCAAAAGCACCACGACUUCCCCGACACGUCGUCACCACCCGCCAACAACCCCGACACGCCGCUCAAGCCCGCCACGUCGCACGCGCCUCCGCCGCCGAACCCGCCGCCGUUUAGCGAAUCGACGGCCUCGGAACACGCCGCCGAGCUGCGCAAGUUCUACCUCAAGCAGCUGCGCAAGCCCUCCGUCAAGCCCGACGAACCCAAGUACAAGCCCUGGGGCGCCUUCGACUGGACCCUGCCCGCCAACCCGCGCUGGAAACAGCGCAUGGGCGAGAGCCUCUGCAUCAUCGACCUCGACAACCGCCCCUUCAACGAGUCGGGCGAGCUCUUUGGGCCCGAGCCCAUGUCCUGGGCCGACCCGCCCAAGGUUCACGGCAUCUCGCUGGGUAUCCUCAACCACUGGCUCUACGCCAAGAUCCAUGGGUACAAAUACUACUACAUCAACAUCGGCGAGUACCCCGACCGCCGCGCCUCAUGGAAGAAACCGCCCGUCAUGAGCAAGAUCCUCAAGGAGCACGACGUCUGCCUGUACAUCGACUCGGACGCCAUCUUCCACCGCCUCGAUCUGCCCAUGGAGUGGCUCCUCAACUACUGGCAACUGUACCCGGACAGCAACUCGCUCGGCCUGGCCGUCGACCCGGACAAUGACUUCAACAAGGAUCGCUUCCACAAGCUCUACCUCAACACGGGCUUCAUCAUCGCCCAAAACAACCCCACCACGUACAAGAUCUUUGACGCCUGGCAAAAGUGCCCCGAUGACGGCGAGCCGUACCCCGAGUGCACGCAGUUCCGCCUCAACGCGCCCGGCCAGCCCACCGACCAGGGCGGCUUCGGCACCUUUGUGCGCUACAACUUCACCGAGCACAUCCGCGAGCUGCCCUGCACCGAGGCCAACGGCUUCCCCGAGAGCGACUCGGGCUGCAAGGGCCAGUUCAUCCGCCACCUGUGGACCGGCAAGAACGACCAGAUCAAGAUUGACGUCGGCGAGCAGCUCCCCGGCCCCUACCUGCAAAUGUUCCACGAGCGCUUCACCGCCGAGCGCAGCUAUUACUACAUCAACGAGCCCGACCUCAUGGCCAAGGGGCCCAAAGCCUCGGUCAAGAAGCCGCCCAAGGACGAGGGAAAGGGGGGCUCGUGGUGA